AUGAGUUUUGACCAGUUUGAAAAAGGCAUGAAAGUAGAAGCCAUCGCCGAUUUCCAGGUUCGAGAAGUCAUGGCUUCUCCCGUCGGAUCGUCUGUCCGCAGCAUCUCAGUUGGUGACUCGGGCGAGGUGCGCGAAAAGCGUAGCGUCGGGCCCGCCACUUGGCUGAUAGUCUAUUUCGACAGCGUUAAGCGCCAGAUCAAUGUCGACCAGACCAACAUAGAUAAUAUCAAGCCCGCCUGA